UUAGCUACAACGCUGGGAUCAGCGCUUGCGAGAAGGGCGAGCAGUGGCAGCGGGCGUUGGCGCUGCUCAGUGAGAUGAGGGAGGCGAAUAUAGAGCCCGACGUCUUCAGCUGCAACGCUGGGAUCAGCGCGUGCGAGAAGGGCGAGCAGUGGCAGCGAGCAUUGACGCUGCUCAGACAGAUGUGCAAGGCGAAGGUGGAGCCCACCUCAGCUACAAUGCUGGGAUCAGUGCGUGUGAGAAGGGCGAGCAAUGGCAGCGAGCACUUGCACUGCUUGCUGAGAUGCGGGAGGCGACAGUGGAGCUCAACGCCAUCAGCUACAACGCUGGGAUCAGCGCUUGUGAGAAGGGCGAGCAAUGGCAGCACGCGUUGGCGCUGCUAAGCCAGAUGCGGGAGGCGAAAGUGGAGCCCGACGUCAUCAGCUACAGCGCUGGGGUCAGCGCGUGCGAGAAGGAUGGCCAGUGGCAGCAAGCUUUGUGGUUGCUUUGGGACAUGAAGGCUGUGAAUUUAGAGCCCAGCGUUAUCAGUUUUAAUGCUGGGAUAAGCGCGUGCGAGAAGGGUCUGCAAUGGCAGCACGCGCUAUCAUUGCUCCGCGAGAUGAGGGACGCAAAAGUGGAGACCAGCAUCGUCAGCUACAACUCUGGGAUCAGCGCGUGCGAGAAAGGCAGACAGUGGCAGCACGCGUUGUUGUUGAUCAGUGAUAUGUGGGAAGUAAAAUUGGAGCCUGACAUCAUCAGCUGCAACGCUGGGAUAAGCGCAUGCGAGAAAGGGGCUCAAUGGCAGAAGGCACUGUCACUGUUCAGCAACAUGCGGGAUGCCAAAUCGGAGCCGGAAGUGAUGACCUACAACGGUUGCAUCAGCGCGUGCGAAAAAGGUGGGCAGUGGCAGCGUGCAUUGUCGUUGCUCACGGAGCUGCGGAAGGACAAACUGAAGCCGACAGUCGUGAGCUACAAUGCAGCGGUCAGUGCGUGCGAGAAGAGCGGGCAGUGGCAGCGAGCACUGUCAGUGUUUGAUCAGUUGUUGUCGGCGAGUGUGGAGCCCAGCGCCAUCAGCUACAACGCUGGGAUCAGCGCUUGCGAGAAAGGUCGGCAAUGGCAGCAUGCUAUGUCGCUGCUCCGGCAGAUUCGGGUAAUGAAGAUCGAGCCUCACAUUACCAGCUACAAUGCUGGAAUCAGCGCCUGUGAGAAGGGCAAGCAGUGGCAGCUUGCCCUGCUCUUGUUCUCCGAAGCUGUGGACGCGAGGCUGGAGAGGAGCGUGUACAGCUACAGUGCCGCAGUCCUCGCGUACGAGAGAGGCGGCCGUUGGCGGCACGCGUUGUCGCUGCUCCGCGAGAUGUUGGAGGUGAGCGUGGAGCCGAACACGAUCACUACAACGCCGGGAUCAGCGCGUGCGCGAAGGGCGGGCAGUGGCAGCGGGCUCUGUCCAUGCUCCGCGAGAUGCGAGAGGCGAAGCUGGAGCCCGACCUCAUGAGCUACUGCGCGGGGGUCGGCGCGUGCGAGAGGGGCGGGCAGUGGCAGCGAGCCCUGGCGCUGCUCGGCGAGAUGCGGGGGGCGGGUCUGGAGCACAACGCCAUCAGCUUCAACGUUGGGGUCAGCGCGUGCGAGAAGUCCAACUGUCCCGGCGCAGGGGGUUCACUCCUCCGUUGGCCGAGCCAGGGGGAUCCACUGAGAGGCGCAAUCUGUGCGUCGGCCGCAGGGUGAAGUUGCUUUAAGAAGCUCUCCGCAGCUCUCCGUCACAUGUUUUCGUGUCGUUAUGGGGCGUGAAAGUGUUCCGGCUAUCACGCGUGCCAGGCUCACUCGGCCCCCCUGCAACGACCUGUGCAUAGUAGAGGGCCCGCUCACUCUUUCCUCCUCCGCCUCCCCCAGUCCAGCCCUGUAUAGUUGGGUUCCUUGGUGGGAGCCCAGUCAAGGGGGAGGCUUUGGGGCGCCUAUAUUUGCUGCACCUGUAUAUGUACGAUUCAACCUGCGUGCUGGCGGUGGCGCUGACGCGCUCAUGAUGUAUGGGUCGAGCGCCGUUUGCUCAAAAGGCAGGUCUGCUCUCUUUUGCCCGGCAUCCUGGGGGGAGCCUGGCAGCGCUGAAGAGUUCGCUUGACGAUGGGCCC